AUGGCAACAUUAUACACAGCACCCACGGGAAAUGGCAGAAAACCGUUGAUCCUAGUUCGACUUCUCAAAGAAGCACCCAUUAAAGUCCACUUAUUCAAAUGGCCGACCCCCGAAGUUAAACAAGAAUGGUACCUCAAAUUAAACCCCAACGGCCUCAUCCCCACAUUUGUUGACCCAUCCAAAGAAAUUGAGCUAUACGAGAGCAACAAUUUGCUCGAGUAUCUCGCGUUUACCUAUGACACGGAACGAAAAUUCCACUAUAGUCUCGACGAGUCGCCCCAAUUGCAUUGGCAGCAGAACCAAUGGUUAUUUUUCCAAGGUACACAAUACGCGGCGCACACGCUAGCCAUUGCCGUCAUCUACACCAAGAAAAACCCCAACGAUGCAUUCACGAGAGAAUUUACGUUGAAGAACUUCAACUCCAUUUUCACUACCCUUGAAACCCAGCUCUCCAAGAGUGAAUCUGGGUGGUUUAUUGGUGACAAGUUUACCAUUGUCGAUAUUGCUUUUCUCUGCGACGAGCAUCGAAGGAGAGAAGUGACUCGAGGUACGGAUUGGUGGAUUGAUGUUGAGGCGAAGUACCCGCGAAUUGAAGAAUGGUAUCAAAGAGCAUUGAAUUUUGAGAAUGUCAAGCAAAUUUUGGAGGAGCCCAUUUCAAGCUAA